AUGGAUGCAGCUCCCAUUGGGACACAUCAACAAAAGGAUGGCAUUCGACUCCACGGCGUACCGCGACAUGCCUCAGAGGUUACCAUGGCAAUUGAUCUUCUCGACAAUGGAACUAUGGGUUGUGCGUUCUUCGAUAGCAGGGAUGAUUCUUUGCAAUUAGCAGAGGACGUUCCUCUGGCCAGUGUGGAAGUAUCAAAGCAGUUUGUAACUCAUGCAUGGCCGACGUCACUGUUAGUUUCAAGUAGAGCUCCUUCUCAACUUUUGAACUACUUGCAGGAAAGCUGGCGAUCGCCUCAGAGCGGUGUCCGAACAUUAUCAUCGUCAGCAUUCUCAGCACCUGCGGCCAUAGAAAGGCUUUCGACUUGGGUAACUGACCAACAGCCAUCCAUGUUGUCGGAACUUGGGGUCGCGCUUGAACCGGGGGCUUCCCAGCCCUCGCAAAACGACGAGGAAACACCACCAUCUGCCUGCAGCUGGCUAGACACCGGCGAGAGAAUUACGUACAUGGCUGUCUCCGGGCGCAAUUGCAAUGUUUCUCUCGGCUGUGCCAGCGCCGUUUUCUCAGAAAUUCGUCGCAGAGCACUGAUGACACACAACUCAUCGCCCGAGUUAUGGUCAGUUCGCAUUACAUCUAUUAAGAUUUUCAAUCUGGCAAGUUACGUUGUAAUAGAGCCAGGGGCCCUGCAGGCGUUGCAAAUUAUUGAGCCUGAUCUUCAUCCUAACAGUCACUAUUGGGGAGGAAGCAGACAAAGCCAGGAUGAGAAGCAGAGCCUCUCCAUAUAUGGGCUCUUCCAAAACUUGGCCCAUACUACCCAAGGAAGAACGAAGCUGCAUAACAUCAUACUUCGUCCAGUCUCGGACAUGGCGAUUAUAGAAACCCGCCAGCGGGCCAUCUCUUUGCUUCUCCGUCCGCAAAAUGCGGACCAGGCGACACUUCGAAACUUUGCAGCUCAGGCUUUGAAACUCCGCGACCUAGUCAACGAUCUGAGUAGUGACUGUGAUGGUGGUUUCAUCCGUACAACAAGUCUAAUGUUUGACCGUGGCUCGUUGAUGGCUGUUGGCGAGCUGAUCAAUAACACCUUGGACUUCGAGCGCUCCGAGCUUAGCGGCCGACCAACAGUCAGGCCCGGUCAUGAUGAAACUCUGGAUAGAUUGAGAAGAGACUACGAUGGGAUGAGUAACCUUUUAGAAGAAGUAGUAAAACGAACUAUACAUGCAGCGCCCCAAUGGGCGGCUACCUAUAUCAAGUCAUGCGUCUUCCUGCCACAACUUGGUUUUCUCAUUGCUGUCGAGUUCGAUCCAGCAUCCGAGAAAGGAAAAUAUACUGGGGAUGACCGUGACGAUGACUACUGGCAGCAGAACUUUAUCGCCGACGGUCUGGCUCACUACAAAAAUGAGGAUAUGCGUUACCUCGAUGAACAAUUCGGGGAUGUUUACUGUGAAAUAGCAGACAGAGAGGUCGAUAUUCUUCACAUCCUCUCCCAAAAAGUGUUAGAGUACAGGGAGGCAUUAUCAUCCGCCUCGGACGCAUGUGGCGAUAUUGAUGCCAUUCUUGCCCUAGCUCUUGCUGCAGAAAAAUAUAAAUGGAAAAUACCAGAAGUCACAGCCGAAAUCGGAACACUUGAAAUUGUAAAAGGGCGACAUCCACUGCAAGAACUAGUUGUUUCAUCGUUUGUUCCUAACGGUUGCCAUCUGGAUGGUCAGAGGCCGGGUCAAGACCGGUUGGCAUGCAUGCUCCUCACCGGGCCUAAUCAUUCGGGCAAGAGCGUGUUCUUGAAGCAAGUAGGGCUAAUCGUAUAUCUUGCCCAUAUAGGCAGUUUUGUUCCCGCUGAGUCUGCCAAGAUUGGUAUCACUGACCGGAUACUGACCAGAAUGUCAACUCCGGAGAGUGUUUGCAGGCAAGAGAGCGCCUUUGCCAUCGACUUAAAGCAGCUGCAGUCUAUGAUGAAGCAUUCAACACCGCGAAGUCUCUUACUAGUUGAUGAAUUCGGGAAGGGAACCAAUUCAGAUGAUGGCGCUGGGCUUCUUGUGUCCUUUUUGGAAUACUUGCAGACGCUCCCAGACGCCCCGAGAAGUGUGGUUGCAACCCAUCUUCACGACAUUGUGGAUUGCCACCGUUUCCCCCGAGAGGCAGGGUUCCAUUUGUGUUUCAUGGAGAUACUCAAGGGCCGACAAGAGGAUGCAAUCACCAGCCACAUAACAUAUCUAUUUAAGCUUCGUGAUGGCUCUAGCUCAGACAGCUUGGGGUGCCACUGUGCGACCCUGAAUGGAGUGCCAGACGCUGUCGUAGAGCGCGCUAGAGUCAUAUCGUUGCUACUUGGUCGAAAUGAAGACAUCAAAGUCCCUUGCGCCAAAUUAUCUGCAGAUGAAGAGUUACAUCUACAGGUUGCCGAGAGGGUGGCUCGAAGAUUCUUGGAAGAAAACUUCCACAACGCACAGAACGAGAAAAUACGCCUUCAUCAGGGCAUUCGUGAUGCAUUACAAAGUGUACUCUCAUUGUGUUAA